AUGCGCUCCAAGGCGGUGCCUUCAGGAAGGAUACGACGCCGGAGCGCCGCCACCGCCCGAUCCAAGGAUCAGAGUUUCCACCGAAGCCGCAUGACGGGCAAUGAAAGUCGCGACGACGCCUUCAAGAAGGGAACGAUCUUCGCCGCCGCCGGUCCGUCCGAAGAUAGAGCAGGUUUUCACCUCGGCCAACAAUCACCGCCACCGAACGCCACACCCCGGCAACCACGCCGCCCACACGACCAUGGUGACUGGGCAGCACCAAGGCACGAGCUUUGUCCAAGAGCAUCACGGAACCACCACCACCAGGGCCGCCACCCCAUCAUCCAAGACCUCGACACCACCUCACCCGUGACCCGCCGCACCCCAACGAAAGAGACGAGCGGAAAGGUCUCACCUUUCGCGCCCCUGGACGACCCCCAGCGUCGAGACCCAAUAGGUCGGCCAGAACUGGCAUCCACCGACCCAUCCUGUUGCCCCAAGCGCAAGAUGAGCUCGGUCCUGCAGCAACGAGAGGGGGACGAGCCCGCACCACCAUCACCAACUGCCGCGGCCACGGCAGAGGUGGCCACCGGCAGCCCGCGCCGCCAUGAGCCAGAUCUGGCCGCGCAGGAGACACCGCCGUCUCGGGCACACGCGCGCCACCCGCCUAGCCGCUCGCCGCGGGGGGAGGAAGGGACGACAGGGCGCCGCCCCAGCCCGCCGCGCCGCCAUGGAGCCCGGCCGCAGCGCCACGACCCGGCCCGGGGCGCCGGCCCGCGCCAGCACCGCCCGAGCGGGGAGACAAAGGGGCCCUGCCGCCGCCGGCAGCAGCAGGGCUUCGCCCGGCCGCGCCCCUAG